AUUAUCAAUUAAGUUAACCAGUGCGUGCUCCGACAGACUGCCAUCAUCGACAUAUCUCUGCGACCACCUUCAACCGUCAACCUACAUCAACCAUCUAAUUGGAGCUAUUGCUUCAAACUAUAUUAUAACUCGUACAACCCUUUCCCCUCCCUUGUGCCCGCGAUGAAUUCUACAACACCUAAAACCAUCAAGAAGAAUCGCCACCGCGGAAAAAGGAAAAGGGAAAAGAUCCUUAAAGCUCAACAAAAAGCCCUAGAGCGGGCUUUCGAGGAAAUUGAGAAUUUCGUGGGCUACCCGCUGGAACACACCCCCCUUCCUCCUCCAGUCACAGACGCUCCGCCAGGAAGAGCAAUCUCUUCCAUUGAUCUGUUCCAAGAAGACACCGUCCCUUUGGAAAAUUAUAAUCAGUUAACGUCCAACGCGCCUGAAAUAAUUAUACUCAGCGAUUCCGAUCACGAUUCCCCGGAGUUGGAACCUUUAGAUCCAACAACAGAAUACCAUAGUGAUGCAGUAGCACAGAUUAUUAUAUUUCCGCCAGAAAAUUAAGUGAUACAUGUAAUAAUCCUAUACGUUGUUUUAUUAAUAAAUAUAUACAUAUAUAUAUAUAUA